AUGCUGAACCUCUCAGUUUCUCAAGGGCUUAUGCUCUCCGGUGCAACUUUUGCAUCGUGGAUCAUCGGCGUUAUCAUCUACAGGUUGUACUUCCAUCCUCUCGCAAAAUUCCCAGGACCCAAAAUAGCUGCAUGUAGUGAGUUUUGGUUCUUGCGCAGUUGGGCCAGUGGGUACUAUGUUCAAAAUAUUGGCGACCUGCACCGCAAGUACGGCGAUGUUGUCCGAACUGCCUCCAAUGAACUCAGCUUUAGGUCUCCAGUCGCACUCAGGGACAUUUAUAAUCAUGUCUCCAAAGACAGACCUACGUUCCUGAAGAGUGACACCUUAUACACUGUUGAUCCGUCUGUCACGCGCCCUGAUAUUGUGUUCACUAGAGAUCCACAAGAUCAUCGGCUGCAGCGAAGAUCUCUCGCUCAUGCAUUCAGUGCAAAGGCCUUGAGGGAUAAUGAAGAGUCUGUACAGUUUCACGUCAAGUUACUCCUAGAACGGCUCGGGCAAAAUGCAGGACCUGGGACUGGAGGAGCCAACAUGUCAGAGGUCUUCAACUGGUUGACCUUCGACGUUAUCGAAUCCCAAGGCGAUCUGACGUUUGGCGAAUCAUUUGACUCGCUGAACCAAUGGAGACCUAGCGAAUGGGUAACUUGGCUUCUUGGAUUCAUCUCUUCGCUCACUUUUCUCCCCUUCAUCAACCGCUUCAAGAUACCAAUGACACUAGUCGUGUCUGUGAUGCCAAGCUAUCUCAAAGAAAAGAUCGACAUCCAUACAACUGAGAAGAUCAAGAAGCGAAUCGGAAUGGGAAACUCCCGCGACCGUGAAGAUUUCUUUGCUUAUAUCCUCAGGAAAGAAAGUGACAACCUGGAUCUUGUUCAUUUGCGUGAGCAGGCCAAGGUUCUCAUGAUCGCGGGGUCUGAGACGACAGCAAACCUACUUGCUGCUACAACUUAUUAUCUGCUGAAGGACCCUGACAAGUUAGCCAACCUUCAGGCUGAAGUGCGCUCAGCAUUCUCGGCACGAGACGAGAUCACGGGUGAUGCAGUAGCUCAUCUUCCAUACUUGAACGGCGUCAUCGAAGAAGGUCUUCGUAUCUUCCCUCCAAUCCCAUUUGGUCCCCCACGCGUCUGCACAGGGGCCACUAUCGACGGACACCACGUCCCCAAAGGCGUCGUUGUAUCUGUCGAUGGAUUCGCAACGACGCAUGAUGAACGCAACUUCAUUCGACCAGAUGAGUUUCUACCAGAACGAUGGAUCGGUGAGGGCUUUGGAGAUCGGAAAGAGGCUAGUAAACCCUUUUCGCUUGGCCCUCGAGGUUGUCUGGGUAUCAAUCUUGCGUACAUGGAGGCGAGGGUGACAAUGGCCUCUCUUGUUUGGAAGUACGAUUGGGAGUUUGUCAAUCAGGAUCUCGACUGGCUCGCGGACGUCAGGUUGCAUCUCCUCUGGGAGAAGCCGAAGCUCAUGGUUCGCUACCAUCCACGAGACGAAGUCGCAACUACUUGA